AUGGAUAAUGAAAUCUUGAGAAGAAAGGGCAUACGUGUUGAUGGAAGAAUCCUCUCCUACCUUUGUUUUGCGGAAGAAAUAGUUCUCUUUUCGAGAAGUUCCAGUGAUGCAGAGACGAUACUCAAGGAAUUGAACGAAGCAGAGAAGAGAAUACGACUGCGAAUAAACAGAAAGAAGAAACACUUCAUAAAGAACGUCUACUGUGAGGACAGAGGAGUACAACUUGAAGUCUCCCAGAUCGUAGAAUCUUCGUCAUGCAUCUACCUUGGACGUUCUAUGAGUAUGGAAAACGACUUGAAGGAAAAAUUGAAUAGAAGGAUGAGAGCAGCGUCCGCAGCAUUCGCACUGGUCAGAAAAGCUACGGACCAACUGCAAGCCCGAAACUUCCCUGCCCAUCUGUUCGAUUCCACAGUUCUUUCAGCACUCUGUUACGUAGCGGAGAUAUGGGCAGACACCCACGCUGCUACAUCUAGGAAUCUACUCACUACCCGCAGAGCCCUUAGAGAUGUCUUCUGA